UAGAUUCCUAUAUGUCAUGUUUGUAUCUGGAGCAAUUCUUCAUUAACACAAUACAAUGAUAGCAUAAUAUGAGCUGCAUGCCCUAUGUGUUGAUAGUGACUUGUGAGAUGUACCAAGGCAGAAUUAAGAUAGCAUGUUAACAGCAGGAGGCAUCUCCGUUUCCGACAUGUGACUUCCUGCGAUUGUAGAAUACACUUUAAUACAAUUUGUGUGUGAAUGCAUCUCUGGUUUGUAGGCCGAGGCCUAUUUGCAAUUGUUGCCAUAUGUGAUUGCAUGACUAACAGCAUCCCCCAACACUAGAAACUGUUCAUGGAAAGAUAUUAUUAUUGUACUUUUCUUGAUGAUCUUUCAAUGAAAAAUAUCGCUAGCCAUGGAAAAAGAAAAUAGUGCAUGGAAUAGGAUAUUCUAAAGCUUAAUGGAAACUCUUUCACGAUAGUCAAAAUCUUCAAGGAGACCCUUUCCUCGGGUUUGUCUCUUUCUUUCUAUCUCACCUUUAUUCCUUGCUAUUUGAUUGUACCAGAACGAGCUAGGAAGAAGGGAGAGAAGUUGAAGAAGAAAGAUACCAGGGAAAGGGAGAAUACAGGUUGAAUUCAAAUCUCGAAAAAUUGUGCAGCAUAGGAUAGUGUUCACCAGAAGGCAGGUGUUCCCGAGUCGUUUUCAGUUAGACCAGUCUUAGGUUACUGAUUCUAUUUUAGCUAAGCAAGUUAGUGAGGGUAGCUCUUGGCAUGCCUAAAAAAUAUGUAAAUAGGAAUCGUUACAGAAACUUGGACUGAAUUUUUUGGAUUGAGAAUUAAUAUUCAAAGAAGGUAGACAUUUUCUGAUAGAAAUAUAAAAACAGGAAAUAAGGAACCCGAUGGCUAGGAUUCAGGCAAAACACUGGGUUUUGAAACUUCUGGGAGCAAUCCUGAGUGGUUCUCUUGUGGCGGUUUUAAUUUUGGUAUUGGCGGAACCAAGUUUGACACAAGAAGGUUCAAGGACUGGUGGAACCGAGACUCAUCGUGCAAUGAGAAUGUUGAGUCUUGUACGAGAAAAAGGCCGAGUAGGGUAUACGCAUGUUUGGCCGGAAAUGAGAUUUGGCUGGAAAAUUGUGCUGGGUAGCAUAAUUGGAUUCUUUGGAGCAGCAUGUGGGAGUGUGGGAGGUGUUGGUGGUGGUGGUAUUUUUGUUCCAAUGCUUUCCCUGAUCAUUGGGUUUGAUACCAAAUCAGCCACAGCGAUGUCAAAAUGUAUGAUCACAGGAGGAGCAGCUGCGACCGUUUACUACAACUUGAAGCUGAGACAUCCUACCCUUGAACUGCCCAUCAUUGACUAUGACCUGGCGCUUUUGUUUCAACCAAUGUUGGUGCUUGGAAUUAGUAUUGGAGUCGCUCUCAAUGUGAUUUUUGCUAACUGGAUGAUCACAAUUUUGCUGAUUGUUCUCUUCAUAGUGACGUCGACUAAGGCAUUCUUCAAAGGUGUUGAAACAUGGAAAAAAGAAACCAAAACUAAAAAGGAGGCUACUAGAAGCUUGGAAUCUAAUGAUGACAGAAAUGAAGAGGUUGAGGGUGAACCUCCUCCUGUUGGCCCCACAGUUGGUGCUCAAACAGAAACCAAGGAAUAUAAAAAGGAGCAGGUCUCCAUUAUUAAAAAUGUUUACUGGUGGGAACUUUCACUCCUUGUUGCUGUCUGGUUGAUCAUCCUUGCAUUGCAGAUUGGCAAGAAUUACUCGACAACCUGUUCAAUGGCAUAUUGGUUAUUGAACAUAUUGCAGAUCCCAGUAGCUUUUGGUGUAAGUUCAUAUGAGGCAUUUAACCUGUACAAAGGGAGAAGAAAGAUUGCAUCCAAGGGAGAUGCAGUCACAAACUGGAAGAUACGCCAGCUUGUUCUUUACUGUAUCAUAGGCCUGUUGGCUGGUGUAGUUGGUGGGAUGCUUGGACUUGGUGGAGGAUUCAUUUUGGGCCCUCUUUUCCUGGAGAUGGGAAUCCCCCCUCAGGUGUCGAGUGCCACAGCCACCUUUGCCAUGAUGUUUUCUGCGUCCAUGUCUGUCGUGGAAUACUACCUUCUCAAGCGUUUCCCAGUUCCUUAUGCUCUUUACUUCUUUGCUGUCGCUACUGUUGCUGCCUUGGUCGGGCAACACGUGAUAAGAAAGCUGAUCAGCAUAUUGGGAAGAGCAUCGCUGAUCAUUUUCACUCUGGCCUUCACCAUCUUUGUGAGCGCAAUAUUACUAGGUGGUGUUGGCAUAGCUCGCAUGGUCAAAAGGAUUGAGAGGAAGGAGUACAUGGGAUUUGAAAACAUUUGUUCCUAGGGACCUUUGUCUCCAAAGCUUACCAUUAUUUUCUAGCUGAACUUAGCUUCUUUUAUUCCCUGUAGGACGAGCAAUUGGCAGUGCCCUUGUGCACUAACACUAAAUCUCAAUUCCAUUUUGCUUUAUAAUUUUAUAAAUUGUCAAUAAAACUCAACAAAAACUGCAAGCCCCCUGUUUUUCCUCUGUCCACCCCCAUUAGACACGAUGCUCUUCGAAGAAGUCUGCAUAUUGAUUCUUUGCGGUAUUUUCUACCAUGUCGAUGAAGGUCUGCGUCUUUCAAGUUUGAUUCCCAGGUUUGUAGUACUGUGCUUUGCCUUUUUGUAGAUUACUGCAUAUCUAGUUGCUUGCUCUCUUCUCCUGACUCUUCUAUAUGACAUUCCUAUCUCUCUGAGCAAGAGCCAAGAGGCAUGUAAGUUUUAUGACUGCAUAUAAUCAGCUGUGAUUUUCAAUUCU